AACAUCCGUUGUAUGUAGAGCAUCUCAGUGCGAUUGUUAUUUCUAUGUCAAGCUGCAGUGACGGGAAUAUUUCAUACUGCUCUCGUUACUAACUGAAUGUUGCUGCCGGAUUAUAAAUAGUGAUCAUAACGGUCUGGGUUAGACCUCAACAGCAGUUUACGGAGUUACAGGAACAGCAACAUACAGAUCAAUCUACCCGAGGUUGAAGAAAACGUUUCACAACGUACAUCAGUUACCAUGAUCCUACUUGGAAAAUCAGGUCACGGAAAGAGUGCUUCCGGUAACAGUAUUCUGGGUAAUAACCUUUUCGAAUGCGGUUCCUCGGAGAACCCUACGACCAUGACCGUUCAACAGGAAGUGGUCGAACUAAACCACAGACGGGUCACGGUUAUAGACACACCCGACCCCAGUCGACUUUCCAGCAAGGACGUCCACGAGUUGAUCAAACUAAACAGUGUGAUGAUGCUGGUUAUAAGAUGCGGUACAAGAAUGACCAAAGACGAAUGGGCAGCCGUCAGAAGACUGAGGACAAUUUUCGGACACGAUGCCUUCAGGGAGCGUGGGAUAAUUCUGCUGACCCAUUGUGACCUGUUUCCGUUAGCUAGAAUCCAAAAAGACACGACUUUUCUGGAUCCCAAACUAUUGGAGGAAUUCGAUAACAGGGUUGUGUUCUUGACUAACAAAGAGGAAAACCACUUGGUUCAGGUCACGCAGAUUGAUGACGUCAUGAUUCUUGUCGAUGACGUAUUAGCGAAAGAAUCUCACUUACAUAACAAGAAGCAGAAAACGUUUCUUUGCUGCUGGAGUAGGAAUCGAUCUUAUGCCCUGUCUAGCUAGGCUUGCCAGUGAACGAUAUAGGCAUAUUGGCAGAUGGGAGUCUCAAUCUGCAAAUGUGGCCUUGAGUUGAGACAGCCCCUUCCCCCUGGAUCCGCGGCUGAUCGUCGACAGAAGUGACCCAGUUGUUCAUAUUGAUCUCCACCUCUAAUGAAGAUGGCGGCUUUGCCCCUCCCGGCAUGAAGCGGUCGGCCAAUUUUCGUGAUGCUUCGAUCGCCUGAUAGCAAUCACGGCUAGCGCCGGCAUAGGCAUAAAGCAAGCAUUAAAGACGAAUUACACACAAAUAUAACCCUGUGUUAAAUAGACACGUAAGCGUGAUGGCGAAACCUUGUCUUUAAGAUAACCGACUGCCUUAGCAAAAUUCAGUUUAUAUGAUGAUUGGGGAAGGGUGAUGGCCAAAUGGGCUUUAAGACGAAUGGUUACUAUUUAAUGGAUGUGGUCGCGUGUGCAGGUUUGUCAAAAGACAGACCGUGACUACUUAACGGAGGUGGUCGCUGUAACAGGCUUGGCUUAUUGCCUACCAGAUUCUCAAUAUGGAUACGAAAGUGUCCUUAUUCUUGACAUUAUUUAACAAAUACUAGUAAAUGUAGGUUUUAAAACUACAGUCGAACCUAAUUGCAGGAACCUGCCCAUAAAGAGCAUUGGUGACUACAGUUCACCUCCACAGUGAAACCACCUCCUUAGAAGUAACACUGACAAUAAACAUCGAAAUGCAACCUCAUUGCAAAUAAUGACAUACUUUGAACUUUAUGUUUGCACUGAAAAUAAAGAGGACCAUUUUAAAUCAUUUCCCAAUUUCAUUUUUAUGUUUAUAUCCAGUUAGUCCUAAAAGUAAAAAGUAAAGUUUGUUUUAUUUAACGACGCCACUAGAGCACAUUAAUUUUUUUUAUCUUAUCAUCGGCU